AUGGAGAGCUAUCGAGGAAUAGUCCUGCUUCUGGUGACACUCAGCCUGGUCGCCUCAGCCUCGGCCUUCAACCCCGACAGAACCAUCUACAAGUGGUCGCCGCUGUGGUUCAACAACUAUUACAGGAGGGCUAAUCUCUUCAAAAGGUUUCGAGACGAACCCAUUCAGAAGUGGAGCCCCAUGUAUUUCGACAAGAUCAACGAAUACCUCGAUCAGAAACGGACAGGCGCGAGCUGUGGACGUGAGAACUCCAUGUGCGUCUUCCUGAGCGAGACAAACAAGCAGCCUUUGAUUGUACGGUGCUGCGGGUCUCUCCAGUGUCUCUUCACGGGCUCCUCUUAUACUUGUACUGAUCCCAAAACCGUGGGUCUCGGUGAAGCGCUAAACGACGUGUCAGACUACUGA